GGGGAAGAAUCGCUGAAAAGUCGUGGAGAAGGGAGGACUUUUCUCUCUUUUCUCUGAAUUGUUGGACAGAGAGACUCUGACAUUCUGAUAUUAAUCUGUCUGAGAGGGGAGAAAUUAGGGUUGGAAAUGGAUCAGAUCUUGAACAAGGUGGGAUCGUAUUGGUUCAGCCAGAAGGCCAACAAGGAGAUCGACUCUGUCGGCGAUGAUAUCAACUCAUUGUCAACCAGUAUUGAAGGUGGAGCUAAAUGGCUGGUGAACAAACUUAAAGGGAAAAUGCAAAAGCCAUUGCCAGAGCUGCUAAAGGAGUAUAACCUGGCAGUAGGUAUCUUUCCUCGGGAUGCCACCAACUAUGAGUUCAAUGAGGAGACCAAAAAGCUUACAGUUUUCAUACCCUCAGUCUGUGAAGUUGGCUACAGGGACUCGUCUGUCUUGCGUUUUUCCACCAUUGUAACUGGAUAUUUAGAGAAAGGAAAGCUAGCUGAUAUAGAAGGAAUGAAGACAAAGGUGGUGAUUUGGGUGAAAGUGACUGCCAUCUCAGCUGAAGGAUCAAAGCUUUAUUUCACAGCUGGGAUGAAGAAAAGCAGGAGCAGAGGAGUUUACGAGGUUGUCAGAGAUGGAGUGUGCGUAGAUAAGUUCUAAGAUGCUGAAUGCUUGUAAGAUAUAUAAAAAACAUGUAGCAGGGCUUUUGGACCCAUUGCUUGCUUUCUUAAUGUUAAUUGGUUGCUGUAAGUAGGAGGAUCAUUUGAAUUGAGAAUUAUAUGUUUCCUCAUGGGUGUUCAGUUCCAAGAUAUUGAUUCUUCUACCCUUUUGUGUUGUAUUAGAGAUUCCAAUUCUGUAUUUCUAUUGAAACAUUCUGUAGUUGAUGGGCCAGACGUUGCCUUAUAGGAGUGAAAACAAGUAAUUUGUUAAAGAAGUUAUGCCCA